UGUACGAUCCUACGCCGAGUGCGGUUGAAGUGCUGUUGUUCACUAUACGUUGCGAUUAAUUUUUCGGUAUUUUUUUUUUGUACUAAUCGCUCGCUUUAAAUCGAAUUUGUAUUGUGUGUAAAUGUGAAAUAACGAAAAUUGUAGUGAAGUUUUAUUACAAAAAUAGUUGAAAGAAUAAAGUGAAGAGCAAAUAUUAUGUAUUAAACAAAUAUUAAGAAUACUUGAGGCGUAGAAAAUUAGAUUAAAACAACAAAAAUAAACCGCAUCGCGCCGAUCGAAUCAGCCGACCCGAGCACUCACAUACAAUCGUCUCUCGAUGAACUAAACAAUUGAAGCCAAACGGCAUCACAAUCAAUGCAAACGCAAAUGUUCAUUACAUAUAUGUAGUGUAUAAACAACAAUAAUAACCGCCACCACCACCACCGCAACAACAACAAAAAACCAACACCAAUAAUAUCAUCAGCAACUACUAGCUACCACCACACCAACUUGGUGGAGACCCCCUGACAUUUUCAUUUCUAUUUCCUAGGCUGUUGUGGCAUAGUGUGGAUUUUGUUUUAUUUAUUGUUUUUAUACCAAACGAAUACAUACAUAAAUACAUAUGCAUGUAUGUAACUACAUCCAAUACCAUUAUCUCUAGCGACAACAACACCAGCUGCAUAGAAAGCCUAAACUACAGCUCAAGAAUCGACAAGAUUGGCUGGGGUAUCGAGGAAAUUAUAGGAGCCCAACCACAACGCGCCGUGACGAAGCCAUCAUAUGGUCGUUUUGCGCUGAAUUUAUGGGUAAAAUGUAUAAGUGAAUCUUCUGCUUUGCCUUAUCGCAACGCCCACCAGCCAUAAACAGAACAAAAUGUCCGCCAUAUUAUAUACUCAGGACUCUGAACAGGAACAUCAUAAGACACAUGAACUCCAACUGGAUAAAGACACAUUUGAGAAUGAUUCCUGUAACGGCAUUAGCGAUGAGCAAUUAAGUGGCCACAAUGAUGGAUCUGCAGUCAGCCUAGAACUGCCGUCAAGUAUACCAAGCACCUCUAGCACUGAGAGACAUCUUAACGAUUCCUUAAAAUUAACUCAUCCCAUGUCUACACAAUUGGAGAGUGAUUGCGAUGCGCUGUUGGAAAGCAAAAUGGCAGCGUUAGACUUGCAUGAAGGUGGUAGCAGCCAUUGUGAUGGCGGAAGUGAUAGUGGGCUGGAUACAGCGACCACAAAGUCUGCAAUGACUGGCGUUGUAGGCGGCGACAGCAACAGCAACAGCAACAGCAACAGCAACGACAGCAGCAGUGCCACUAAGAACAUUUCACUGCAACGUGCGUUGAGCAGCAAUAGCGGUGGUUAUGCGAGCAGCUCGGGUGGGCUGGAUGAAGUCAUCCAUCAGACGACAGCGUUGACGAUGACAAGCACUGCUGUCGUUCAAGGACUAAAUCUAUCUGGCAACUCUAGCUUGCUUAGUUGCGGCUCGGACGCGGUAAGCGCUGAGUUGGCCACAAGUAUUGCCACUUAUGGCGCUGUGUCUUCUGCCACACAGAGCUUUGAGUGCUAUAGUGAAAAUGGCAGCGAGAGUUCGUCGAUGUUGGGUGGCGCCACUGUUGCAACAACGCCUGUGCGACGCUCGAACAGUGUUAAGACCAAAGUGCGUGUAUUUGAAUCCAGCCGCGGUGGUUUUGCCACGCCAAUGUCGCGAAGCAUGCGCGAGCGUGAUUGCAGCAGCACGCCGAUAUCCACAAACUCGACUUCUAGCAGCGCUUAUUUACACACUGGCAGUGCGACCACACCGCGUGCCCGCCCGGUGGGUGUAAAACGCACAUCAUCUUUGUCGCGCCACGUACCUGCAACAGCUGCGACAUCAGCACAACGUCAAACAGACAAGCAACCGUUGACCACUAGUGGAACCAGCAACUACAACAGUAAGACUUUAAUGGCAGCGCCAACUUCUACGUUGCGCUCCAGUACGGCGCGCACCACAAAACCGCAAAAGCCAGAUUCCUUGCCGAACGCACUCAGCCGUACUCAAUCCAUGAGCAUGCAGCGGUUGGUGCAGCGUACACCAUCGUUAAGUCGAGCGCGCACACCAUGUACGCCUUCAGAGGACGGCCGUUGGCCUGGCAACACUACGCGCACCUCCAGUGUUGGCGUAGGUGCAGCCAAGCGCGGUGUAUCUGUGACGCCUGAUUUGAUGUCACUAAAAAUGCGUUCCUCGAACAUGAUGGCAUCGAUGGAGGUGAAGUCGUCGACCAGCUCGAAUGCCAACUCAAAUCCUUAUAGCACGCUACCGCGUCGGCGCAAACAAAAAUCUGUAGAAGACUUAACAGCGGCACAUGAGUCGCGCAGUAGUUCAAUAACACGCGAUGCGCGCAUGACUACGUCCGUAAUGGCAGGCACGCGCAGGAAUCUAGUCAGCGCGUUUGGCGCAUCGACACCACAAAGCAACCAAGCGCGCUCACUUAUGCACACGCGCAAAACACCCGCGCAACCGCCUAAAACGCGCAUAUACCAUGAGACCAGUGUACAAACAGCGCUCACCGGCGAAGAUUUGGAAAAUGUGUUUGCGGGACGCGAGGCAGCAACGCGUGCCAUAGAUGCUGUCGACCAACAGGAGCAGACCACACAGACUGAUAUGCGCGACGCUGAAUUGGAGCGAUUGCGAGAUGAAGUGCGACAAUUAGCGCAGCGUGAGCACGAGCUCAGCGUGAAGCUGCAACAUGAACGUGAAGAGAAACUAGCAACACAGCGUGAGCUGCACUUGAAUACGGAACGUGUGAUGAGCAUGCUGGAAAUGGCGCGAAUUGCGGGCCGUAGAUGUGGUCGCACUGGCGGUAGCGUUAGCGGCAUAAGUCUGGAUGGUGACGCUACUACGCCAACGUCGGAUGAAGGUAGUGGAAGUGGGCACGAUAGUUUGCUUAUGCUGGAGUCACAGAUACAAAUUAGUGGCCAUGAGUUGAUCGAGCGUCAACACGAAAUCGGACAGCUGCGUCAGCUAUGCCGGACGCUACAAUUAGAAAUGGAGCGCUCGUUGGCGGCACAAGAAUGUCUAUUGCAAGAGAAGGCUGCUAUCGAGCAGGAGUCGAGCGAAUUGCAAGACUUUCUACAACACGAAAAAACAACGCUGCAUGAUGCACUAAAAGAACUCGAGCAUGAGCAUCAAGCCUGUAAGCAACAGCUGGCGGGGCGCGAAGAGGAGGUGAAAGUUUUGCGCGAUGAAUGUCGGCAUCUAGUGCGGCUUAAUGAGCAGCGAAGACAAGAGAAUCGCAUGCUACAAUCCAAAUAUGCAGCGCUAGAAAAUAAAUCCAAGGAAAUGAUGAUGCAGCAAAAUUAUUCGGUUUCAGGCGCCUCUGCUGCGUUGUCGGGCUUGCAUUCGCGUUUGGAUAGUUUAGUUGAACAAUUGGUCUCUACCUACAACAUAACUGAGCAUGACCUAGAG